GGCGAACUCUCGUGUGUUCCGGGACUUCAUCGCUCUCUCUCUCUCUCUCUCUCUCUCAGCCCAAAUCUCAUCGUCUCCGGCGAGAUUCUAGGGUUUUUGGUUUAGGGUUCUCGUUGUCCUCUUCGAUCUCUGCUCUGUUGAUCUCUCAAACCUUGAUCUUGAUCUCGAUCUCCUUCAUCAAUGACCAGGAAGAAGCGAAACAAGUCUCAGAUCUUUGAGAAAGCGUAAUCGAGAUACAUCGGAGAUGGAAUCUCUGCCAAGGAAGCGGAAAGGAGGCAAAUCGACUUCGCCUUUCGAAUCACAUGUCUCCGAUGGGUUCGAUCAACCACGGCGGAUCAAGAAGAAGUGCCGCGGCGCUAAUCCGCGGUCGGAUCUCGAGAAGCUUGGAUCUGGUGGUGGUGAUUCGACUGCCGCUGUUGUGAUGACGGCGCCUCCGGCGGGCCGGGGUUCUGCCGACACUCCUGGACGUGGACUCAAGCGUAAACUCGGCUGCAUCGAGCCCGCCGCGAGGAUCGGGAGGAAAAAGAAGUUGGAGCUUGAGUAUGUCCUCGGGCUCGAGAUCGGGCAGGGGAGGUUUGGGUCUGUGCGAUUGUGCCGCAGCCGUGCUGGUGGCGAGGAGUUUGCGUGCAAAUCGCUGCCCAAGAACGGAGAGGAGACAGUUCAUCGUGAAGUGGAGAUAAUGCAGCAUCUAUCGGGGCACCCUGGGAUUGUGACAUUGAAAGGGGUUUAUGAGGACAAGGAAAGCUUUCAUCUUGUGAUGGAGUUGUGUAGUGGGGGAAGGUUGCUGGAUCAGAUGGUGAAGGAAGGGAGGUAUUCGGAGCAGCGGGCAGCGAACCUGAUAAAGGAGCUGGUUUUGGUCAUAAGGUAUUGCCAUGAGAUGGGGGUUGUUCAUCGGGAUAUCAAGCCGGAAAAUGUGCUAAUGACUUCUUCUGGGAAGAUGAAGCUCGCCGACUUUGGAUUGUCAGUCCGGGUUUCAAGUGGUCAGAAACUGUCUGGUAUUGCUGGGAGCCCGGCCUAUGUGGCCCCUGAAGUUCUAUCUGGGAAUUACUCAGAGAAAGUUGACAUCUGGGGUGCCGGUGUUCUCCUUCAUGCACUCUUGGUUGGCAUCCUUCCAUUUCAAGGAGAUUCAUUGGAAGCUGUUUUUGAUGCAAUUAAGAAUGUGAACCUUAACUUUCAUGGCGGUGUGUGGGAGCAAAUUUCAGAACUUGCUCGUGAUCUGGUUAGCAAGAUGCUGACGCGGGAUGUUUCCCUAAGACUGACUGCUGAUGAAAUUCUAGUACAUCCGUGGAUUUUGUUCUACACGGAGUGUCCAUCCAAGGCAUUAGCAUCUAAUCGGUCGAGAGUCCAGAGCAGCGUUGUAGAAAAAAGAAUUAACUUUGGGUUUAACAUGUCAAGCAAUCUCUCUGCAUCUUCAGCAAGUUCGAGUCAGAAGUCAGAGGAGCAGGAAGACUGUGGUUUCGUGGAUGCUCUUGCAGCAGCAAUAUCACGAGUUAGGAUUUCGGAGCCAAAGAGAAGCCGGCUCUGUGGUCCUGCCAGUCCUAUUCAACAGCAGUGUUCUUCUAAUGUGAAGGCUAACCUCUGUACAGCCUUUUGAACUCCGUGUAUAGCAUCUGACUGCACUGCCAAUAACAUUUCAACUGAGAAAUUGACCCUGGAAGAAUUGACAUGAAGGAUAACUCAUUUACCGUCGACAAAGGGUCUGCGUUUUCUUUUCUUUAUCCUGAACCAGGUUUUGCUCCCCUUUGAUUUUUCGUAUGCUUAUGGCAUUGGUUUAACUUAGUAACCAACCUAUCUUUGUAGAAUGCAUGUAAAUAUGACUUGACAGUUAUUUUUAGCGAUUAAUGUGUGAGUAUCCUUCAUUACUAUC